UUGCUAUUGUCGUGCUCGUCCGUCCGUCAUACCUCACACUUCCUUCCGCAUGAUCGAUCCGGCACCCUGGUAGAUCGAGCGCGACGCGCCAACCUUCACCACCCCUGGCGUUCUCUAUCGAGCCUUCGCGCUCAACGACUCGUCCGGCGACGCCAUGCGACGAGGUGUAGCCAUAUUCCUCGGAUGUACCGUCAUAUUCCUUGUACUCGCGGUUCACCAAGUCUGGACGCUGCUGGAGCUCCUCUUCAUCAAGGGACUUGAAGAUGCUAUCCUACGAGAAGAACUCCCAGCGCUGGGGUCGGAGCGUGAGGAUACACGGAAACAUUUGAUCCCGAAGAUCAUACACCAGACCUACGUCAACACCAGUAUACCAGAGGUGUGGAAAGAGGCGCAAGCAAGCUGUCUGGCUCUGCACAAGGAACCGGAGUGGGAGUAUAAGCUAUGGACUGAUGCCAUGUCGGUGGACUUCAUUGCUUCAGAAUACCCGGACUUCUUGGACACGUUUAAGGGAUAUCGAUAUCCGAUCGAGCGUGCAGAUGCUAUUCGGUACUUCGUGCUGGACCACUAUGGAGGAAUAUAUCUCGAUCUGGAUGAUGGUUGUGCCCGUCCCAUGGAGCCUCUGCUCAGCUAUCCCGCGUUCGUGCGCAAGACUUCACCUACAGGUAUCAGCAACGAUGUGAUGGGUGCUGUCCCGCAUCAUCCCUUCUUCAGGCUGGUCAUGAAAGAGUUGCACAAGUUCGAUCGAAGCUGGAUUCUGCCAUACAUCACCGUCAUGGCCAGUACAGGUCCUCUGUUUCUGAGUGUGAUAUGGCGGCACUACGGCGACAAUGGAUAUAACGUUGGCGAUGGUGCAGAUGGCGGACGCAUACGAAUCUUGUUCCCAGAGCUGUAUCAGGGCAGCAAAUGGAGCUUCUUCACUCAUCACGUUGGGAAUAGCUGGCACAGCAACGAUUCGGAUUUGAUGUUCUGGAUGUCGCGGCAUUGGCGACUUGUAACAGCUUUUGGCUUCAUCGUUGGAUUUGGAUUGUUGUUUCUUGGGUGGGUGAUCUACCGUCGACAAUUUCUCGCAGCGCCGCCCGAUACACUACCCACAUGGAAAAAGCGAUCCGUUCGACAGCGGAUCCCAUUCUGGGCAAGGAGAAGCGCGCAGAGAGAGUACGAAAUGAUAAAUCGCCAUGAGCCUUAG